AUCGCCCCUCCUCUGCCCCUCCACGCCCGCCCGUCCCUCGCCCGUCCCCAUCCCUAUCCUCCCCUCUCUUUCUUCCCUCCAUUAAUCCAUAAUAAUGGCUCCCCAGCAGGACGCUCCAUCAGCCUCCUCAUCGCACAUGAUGAAGACCACAAAGCGCGGUCGUCCUUUUCUCAAAGACACCCUCGACCUUUUCGCAACAUUAAUUGUAUCCCUCCAGCUCACGACCCACAAACAGUUUUUCCGGUCUUUCCCAAACUCGUUUACAACCGAUGAGGCAGCACUCAACCUUGCGUCGCUGAAAUUCUCCCAAUCCAAUCGCGGGCCGGACCCCAGAGAACCCUCACGCGUUAUCACCACCACGACAACCACGACUUUCUCUAUGACCCGCGAAAUGGCAAAGGCAAUGUCCCAGCACUUCAUGGACGCACGCCUCAUCGAGAACGCCGCAGACCCCUCCUCUAAUCUCUUCAAGGACAGAGGCGUGUACAUCCUCACCCCCAAAGGCCUCCACGUCCUCGAACGCUUCAUCAGCCGCAACGGUAUCAACGGCGACCAUCUCGCCCACGUUUUCGCGACCCAGCCCAUCUGCAUGAAGCUCCUCCAUCUCGAGCGACGCUCCGUUGACGACGAAAUCAUCGUCUCCCAGUCCGUUAUCACCGCCCUCUUCCGUCGCUUCCUCGGCCGUCAGGCAAACUACGCGCCCAGCUCGCAGGUCACAGUCGAGGCGAACCAGGCCUACCACGAUCGCUCAAAGGGUAUCCAGCUCAUGGACGUCGCCGACCGCUCUCAGCUCUCCUCGCGCUCGCAACAAGCGGUGCACAAGUACUGCUUCGCCGCCCUUGCCGCCCUCGAGUGGCUCUGCGACUUUACCUCCGUCGUCGGUAGGGAAGAGGCUGCUGAGAUGGCCGCCCAGUUCGUACGCUUCGGUCUCAUCACGCUCGUCAGCGACAAAAGGAAGAACAACGAUUCUGCCAUCAUCUUCACCGUCCGUGGCUCCGCUCCUGGAGGCAACUCACCCGUGACCCAAACCGGUGAGUUCCGUUGCACCGCCAAGGCCAUUUACAAGGUCACAGAGGAGGGUGUCCGUGUUGCACGAUGGGACAGCCGUGGCGGUCAGCGUGAUUCGCCCAGCAGCUCCACCGCGAACCUGGCCGGCGCCGAGCGCUCAUCGACGGACGUCAACAAGGAUGCCGCCGCCGCUGCUCCCAACGAAGCCAAGCUCCACCGUCGCAUCUCCAUGGCCGAGAAGAUGAACGCCCACGACCGUCAUAACAAGGAGUCCAACACGGAGCGUCUGCGAUUCAUCAUUGACCAGCCUCCACUUCGACACCUCUUCCGCGAUUUCCUCCGGGAUAAUUUCUGCGAGGAGAAUCUGUCGUUCUACCUCGAGGUCGAGGACUUCCGUCGCAAGUUCAACAUCACCUCUUCUGCGUCGUCGGCUGCUCCCCGCCCACCUACUGCCGGCCCACAAUCGUCAGCGAAGGGGAACCCGAACACUCCAGGCCAGCUCGCAAUGGAGCAGCAUCACGAAGCGCUGAUCCACCAGGCCUUCCUCAUUUACCAGAUGUACCUUGCGCCUUCGAGUCAAUGCGAGUUGAACAUUGAUCACGGUUUGCGGAAUGAGCUGUCGGGCUACCUCAGCGAGGUCAUGACCGGCCUCACUGGUGCUCCCUUCCAGGGUCGUCUCGAGCCGGAGCAGCUCAGCGCGUUCAACGCGACCCAGCUGCAGACCUUGAUCCAGCUCUACGGGCGUAUCCAGACUCACGUUUUCCGUCUGAUGGCCACUGACUCCGUUCCUAAGUUCACGAAGACACCGCGCUUCGUGAAGCUGCGCCAAGAGAACGACGAGUACGAUUUCCUGGAUAGUGACAUCCCGUACGUGUCGAACGCGGCGCCAUCAGUACCACCUGGGUUGGACCCUGAAUCUGAGGAGGUUGGUGGCGCGUACAUGACCGUCUCCCAACAGGCGAGCGAGUCCCGCGCACGGCCACCACGGGAAAACGCGAACUGGUCAGAGAAGUCAUAAUAAACGUUCUCUCCCCUUGGUCGCGGUUUCCUUGUUCAGGUUUCGUUCGUCUGGCUGGCCAAAAUCUCGAUGGACUGUACUUGCAUGCAUGCUUACGCUCACGCUACCCCACGCACGUUACCACAUCUCUCCUCUACCUAAUAGUACUUGCUGGCGGGCGCCACUCGUCGUUGUCUUUUAUCUCCCGUCCUAGUCGCCAUCUUUUCGUCUUCAUUUUCUUAUCUGCUCAGUGCGUCGUGGGUUGUCUUCCUUCUUGGCUAGGCUGCUCCGUCUUCUCAAUUCAUUAUCGCGGACCCCCAGCAUCGUGCAUUUAUUACUUCCUUCAAUUUUGCUGUUUGUUUCCUCGCUCCUGUGGGGUUUAGUCUUUUUCACUUUCGUAAUCUGUGCAUUUUAACUACUUCCCCCUUCUUUAUCUAUGGGUUCUCUUUUCUCUUCUUCUCCACAAUCUGUGCAUAUACACUACCCGCCUGCUGUACAUCCGCCGAAGACCUCUUGACUCUUCCAUCCGCAUCCCCCGCACUGGUUUCUCAAGAGUGUAUCGCAUGCAACGGAACCUCCUCAACAUCCUUUCACUUUCUCCGUUUCCUUACUUCUCCGACUCUGUCUGUCUCCCUGACGCUCGUCUCUCCUCACUCUCGAAUUUCCAUACCAAGUUAUGUAACACUUAUAGUACCUUACCCGUCGCGGCCUGUAGCCUCCUUCACUCCGAGAGUGGUUACGCGCGAUAUCCCGAGUCCCGAACUAAUACUGAUUGAUGCGUUCUGCGCCUGUGUGUUGUAACCCGAUUUUGACCACGGUGUGGACGCUCGAUUUCUCCUCUUAUCUUCUCUUCGUCUCUUCGCACAAUCAUCCACCCAUCCAUGAUCCAUUCAAUCCAUCUAUCUCCUGAAUUUUGUUACACAUCCAUGCAUCCGAUCCGUCCAUGCCAAUUCAAUCCAAUCCCAUCUUCUCCCGUGCCCGUGCCCGUGGCUCCUGUCUCAGUCUCCUGUG